AUGGCAGCGAAUUCGUCCCGCCCGGCGCUGGCUGAUGUCCGGGCGGCGCAGAGGCGGCUGCAUGGCCGGCUGCACCGCACGCCGGUGCUCACUUGCGGGGGCCUGGACCUGCUAGCCGGCCGGCGGCUGCUGUUCAAGUGCGAGCUCUUCCAGAGGACCGGCUCCUUCAAGAUCCGGGGGGCCCUAAACGCGGUUAGGAGUCUCGUUGAGGAAAGCGAGCGUGCUGGAGGGGAGCUGCCUCGGGCCGUGGUGACACACAGCAGCGGUAAUCACGGGCAGGCACUGGCUUGUGCUGCCCGGGCUGAAGGGAUUCCUGCCUACAUUGUGGUGCCCCACACAGCUCCGCACUGCAAACAAGCUGCCAUCCGCACCUACGGUGCCACACUGGUGCCCUGUGAGCCCAGCGAUGAGUCCAGGGCUGAGACAGCAUCUCGUGUAGUCCAGGAGACAGGAGGAGUCAUGGUACACCCCAACCAGGAGCCAGCAGUGAUUGCAGGACAAGGCACAAUCGCCCUGGAGGUGCUGGAACAGGUGCCCCAGGUAAAUGCAGUAGUGGUUCCUGUCGGAGGUGGAGAAAUGAUUGCAGGAAUAGCAAUUGCCAUCAAGGCUCUGAGACCAGAUGUGAAAGUGUUUGCUGCUGAGCCACGCAAUGCAGAUGACUGUUACCAGUCCAAAUUAAGAGGGGAACUGACCCCCAACCUUCACCCACCAGAGACCAUUGCAGAUGCAGUCAAAACCAGUAUUGGACCAAACACAUGGCCCAUCAUCAGGGAUUUGGUUGAUGAUGUCCUGACAGUCUCAGAAGAAGAAAUCAAGCGAGCCACACGGAUGGUGUGGGAAAGGAUGAAGCUGCUGAUUGAGCCAACAGCAGGCGUGGGAGUGGCAGCCGUGCUCUCUGAGCAGUUCCAGGCAGUCCCCCAGGACGUGGAGAACAUUUGCAUCGUGCUGUGUGGAGGAAACGUGGACCUGAGCUCCCUGACCUGGCUCACAGAGCUCCCUGGGAAAGCAGAAUGAGAAUGGAGCUGUCUCUCAAGUGACAGAAACCUGUUUGUACCAUCCAG